AUGUUUGGCUCAAGCAACCAAACUGGCUGUGGGGUACAAAACCGUAACCCCUUUGGGCAUAACCAAGGAUCGCCCCAUUUAAACCCUUUUCAGUCAAGUGGUGAAGCCUCUUCUACUGUACAGACGACAUUUGGACAAGGCUUUGGCUUGGCUAAUCAACCUCCACUACCUCCUGGUGGCUUGGCUGGUGCUCCACAGAUUGGAGGGUUUAGUAAUCAGCCAUCUAUUCCACUUGGAGGGAUGAAGAAAGCACUUUUAGAAGGAGUAAAAGGAGCUGGAGGGACUGAAAUUCCAUUUAAACAGACAAACAAGAACAAAAUGGUGCAGAACAAUUCAAGUACGACAUUUAGAUCAACGACAUUUGGACAAGAUGGUGUUUCGUCUUCUUUUACGUCGACAAAUGCACACACAUCCUUUCGAUUUGCGUCCAAUACCGGUCAAAGUACUGAAUUUGGAAAUACAAAGAAGACUAAGCUUCGUGAUAGUGGAGUGUCAAGUUUUGGUGGGAACAGCACAACAAUUGGUGAAAACGGAUUUGGUGAAGAACAACCUGCUUUUAGAGCACCUCUUCUAAAUCAUGGACAAGGAUCUUUCUCGCAAGAAUUUAAGGGGUUCGGAUCUGGCAAUGCAGCAGUCUCUAUACCCUUAGAAUCGCAGAGUACAGCAUUUGGAAACCAAGCGUCCAGUGUAAGAGUGCGAAAAAAGACGAGUACUUCUAAUGCGGCAACUUUUGUGCCUGUGGACAACCCUUUUGUUGCUACAGCUAGUAGUGACGGUGCUACAACCGCCCCGUCCAUCCACACAAAAUUUGGCGCAGCAGUUGGCGGUAAAAGCUCAAAAAGCACUACAGCUUUCGGAAAACCUUCUUCUGGUGGUGGCGCUGCUCCUACCACCACAUUUGGUGGGGUCAGUGACAAUCUGCGGCAGCCUGCCCCGAACUCGGAAACUUUAUCGGGAGGGUUCCCCACUUUAGAUAAGAUGGCUUCAAUGAAGACGCGAAUGAGUGGCCUUACAAAAGCACCGUCUGGUCAGAGCAAACGUUUCCAAGAGUUUACUGCGACAGAACACGACGCAAAUGCUUUUGACGAGCAACAUACCAUGUCUAGGCAUAAGCAAAGACAUUCCUCAAGCGGAGACACUAUUAAGGCUCCGAAAGCGUCAAAAGUGAGCCAAAACGAAAAGCGUGGGAAGCAUCGUCAAGCUCGGCCAAAAAAGAAAGCACCAAGUACGAGUGAUGAAGAGUGUUCAUUUGUUUCCUUGCCGUCCAUUGCUCUUUCGAGCAGAGAUGAUAAUAGUAAGGCUCAACUCUCAGCGGCUACGAACCUAGAUGGUCUUUGUGCUGAUAUGUGCAGUCCAGGAGAAAGAGAGCUGCAUAUUCGAGUAGACGAAUUGAGCGUUUUCGAAAAGUGCUUUCCAGACCGACCAGGGAAUGAACGCGAUAUGAUUAUCAAACGUUUCCAGCGCAGUUCAGCUGAUCACAAGCUGGAUAUACCUGAGGAAAUCCGCCCUCUAGGUGUUCUUCGACGCACACAGCUGUAUAUUGAGCAAGCCAUUAUGGAUCUAGAUCAGUUUGGCUUGGAUCCACGUUUUCAUGUGCCUCGAGUUCCAGAGCCGAUCGAGAUUUAUAAUUUUUGUUGGGACCGAUUUCGAAUGAUUCGCAAAGACUUUAUCUUACAAAACUACCGCGGUGCCGGGGGUCGUGUGCACCCCAUAGCUCUUGACAUUCAUGAACGCAUUGCGCGGUAUCACGUUCUCAGUGAGCAUGAGCUUAUUGAAACACCAAGUUUUGUGGCUCAGCAGAAUAUGGAGCAGCUUGGACAAACACUUAAGUCGUUGAACGAGCUGUAUGACGAAAGCCACAAGGUGGGAGAUCCGGCGUACUUAAGCCCAUUCGAGGCUGAGUGUCGCGCAUAUUUCAUCCUCUGCACGCUGGAUAAUGGUCGCGGCAUGGAUGUGCUGAAGUAUGUGAAGGAUCUUCCGUAUCAUAUCUUGCAGAGUCCUCACAUCAAAUUCGCGAUGCGUGUGUUUGUUGCUCGCCACACUGGUGACUAUUUUCAGUUUUUCUCGCUGCUACAGCAAGCAACCUAUCUGCAAUCGUGUUUGCUUUUUCGGUACAUUCCAAAUGUUCGGUCUUCGGCACUGCUUCGUAUGAAUCGAGCUUUUCGCGGUCAGACCUAUCCACUGGAGGACUUGGCAAACUUGCUGUGUUUUGAUGACAUUGAACACGCGUAUUCAGUGUGCCGAGAGCAUCAACUGAAGAUAUCUGGCAGACUUGACGUUGAUGACGAUAGCGAUUUUAUGGUAAAGUUCGGUGGUGUUUAUGAAACAGAUGCUCAAUUACGACGAAAUAAUACGCCAUUAAAGACUCGACGCUCCAAGAUCUAUGUCGGGAUGAAGCAAGGAGGUUUUUUACGGCGAGAUGUCUGCCGUGGCGUGACAGAAUAUGCUCGAGAUAAAUAUCCCGCUCUUAGCAAGCUGAUCGAAGAUACCGAACAGGAGGAACGGUCUCGGCUGUAUCCAUAUCGACCUGUGUCUGACGAUGCCUACUCGUAUUUCAUUGAUUACAACGAAGGAUGCCCUAUGUUGCCUCAAAUGAGUGCCCAAGUAGCAUCUGCGAACAGCUUUUCCAGCCAACAUCAACCAACAGAUUCCGAUCAGAAAACACAUGAUCUCGGAAUGAUUGCACAGAAAAAGCUUAAGCUUGAGCAAGAGAAGCAAGCAAUGCUUGAACGCAUGCGAAUGCUCGAGCAGGUGAAGGAAGAGAAGGCCCGGCAGUAUCAAGCUAAGAAUGCUGCCGCCGAGGAGGCUGAUCAACGUGACGAAUUGGCGAAGCAAGAGAUGAUCGCUCGCGCUAAAGCUGAAAAAGAAGCUGCGCGACAGCAACAAGAAUUAGAAGCCCAGCUACGAGAGCAAAAGAAGCAACGUGAACUGGAAAUACAGAGCAAGAGGAUAGAAGAGGCUGCUCGUGAAGCAGAGCGACAACGACUUGCAGCGGUACAGCAAGCUGAAGCUCUAAAGAUAAAGGUUGCUAAAGAAGAACGACAUCGACAGGAAAAAGAGCAACGUCGACAGGAACACGAGCAACGUCGACAGGAACAUGAGCGACAUCGACAGGAAAAAGAGCGACGUCGACAGGAAGAAGAUAGACGUCAACAAGAAGAACGCCAGAAACAAAUUCGACGAAAGGCAGCAGAAGAACUUGAGCGACGUCGCCAGCAAGAUCUAGAGCGUCAAGCCCGUGAAGCUGCACAUCAAGCACAACUAGCCAAGGAGCGCGCAGAAAAGAAGAGGGUGCGCCGCAUUGAAAAGCAACGCCUCGCUGUUUUGAAACUAAGGCUGCAGCUCUGGAAGAAAUAUGUGCAAGAGUCACGACACGGUACUGGACCCAUUCGAAUUGAUGCAACUAAGCUUCGACUUGAUCGGCCUCAUCAGAAGGCAAAAGAAAGUAUCCAAUGGCUUUUUGGGGAAGCAUCUGGUACUCGAAUUGGAACAAAGCGACGGAAGCAAUUGCCAAGGGCAGAAGAAGACGUGUCGCCUUCGGAUUCAGAUAUCGUAGCGGUUUGGUGCCCCGAAGACAUCUUAGGACUGGUUAGUGCUCCACUUCGCCGACAAAACCCGGGGUUACCAUCAAUCGCGUGGAAGUUGGUGAUUGCAGAUUUACUGGAUGGAGCUUCUUCAUCGUUUGGUUUGUGGUGCGCCGUCAGGGCAGGGGCACAGAAUGCAGCUGUGCUUGAACAUGACUGCUAUCACACGUUUCAGUCGAGUGAUGGUAUGGAGCAGGAAAUUGUUGUGUGUAGCCGGUAUGUUGAUUCGACAUUUACUGAGCGGACUAACCACGAGACACAACAAAACAAGCUUGCUGCAGCGUCGGCGAUCCUACUACCCGUUGAUAUGAGCUCACUGCAGCUAGCUGGCAAUUGCGAUCGCUGGGAACAGCGAGUUGAAGUACUCCUGUCAUCUCUAAAGUCAGGAAACCGGGUGACACUAUUUGCCUUGGGCUUUGCGUCGGCGGAAAUGAGGUCUUCUCGGGAAAUUCUCAUUACCACUCUCAGGAGCUGUAUUGAACGAGUGCAAAGCCGAUUUGCUUCGCUGGUGGUGCAGGUCGACGCUGAACUCAUUGACGCAGGCGGCCUUCUUCCUCAUAAGUUUGGUCAAGUGUUAAAGAAGAUUGCAACAUUGUCUCCUCGUGUGCGCCAUCUCAAGAGCGUUGGUUUGAAAGAGCUUCUAGAGGGUAGUGUGAAGGCAACGAUGAACCAGUAUGAGUCAUUGGUGGGAAUCCAGAGCAACAUUUGCGCUAUCUUUCCACGCUUGCAAGAAGAUUUGUUGACGUCCGGUGUAAUGGACCUCGCAUACCCACCACCAGAGUUGCAAUUUGCUAUCGUGGAACCACCGCGUGGUUGGAACUCGCAGGAGAAGCGACACGAGAUAAGAACGAUCCUGACGGCGCUAGAAGUGACACGAAUUGCCACUGUGAAUUCCCCGUUGAACUGCGACGAGACGUGCGACGCUUACUUCAAAAAGGUUGCGGACUUUAUUGAUCGACUGUUUGUAUCAUAUCCAGCAGCCACAGCAGUAUCGACAUACGAGUUGAAGAAAAGAAUUUACAGCACACUUCUUCCAGUGCAUCAGCACUUGACACGAAAGAGCAAGACAGAGCAAGUGACUCCACAAGAUGCUGACGUGUUGUUGCCAUGGCGGACGAUUUUCAAAGAGAUUUACGAGACGUUUUUUGAGACGCUGAGUGACAUCACAAUCUAUUACGAAGCUGAUUGCAGAUUCGAAGCAAGUAUCUCGCACUUAGUCCAUGCUGCUACACACUCGAGGGGCAUCAAACAGCAGACACAUUCCAAGCGUGACCGUGAGGCGACGAAACAAGUUGUGCAAGUUUCUACAAAGAGCAUACGCCAAAGUUUUGGACCUUUCAAUGCAAUGGAUGAAUCGAAGCAAAAGUAUCGAGCAAUGGGUGAAAUGAAGCGUCUUUGCAUGGAAAUUGACAAGGAAAAAGCUGCUACGUCGAAAUACCAGCGGAUGUUGUGCCAGGCACUUCAUACGUGGGACAAGUAG